AUAAAAAAGAUGACGCUAGCGCCGGUUGGAGGCAGUAGUCCCCUCUGAUAAGCUGACGCGAUGUUGCUGUCAAAGUAUGUCGCCCCGCUCGCAGAUGUCCAUGAAGAUGUACACGUAGUCGUCCACAUCGAUGAUGUCGAGGAUGGUGACGAUGUGCGGGUGGCGCACGCUCCGGAUGAUGCUGAGCUCGCGCGGCAGGAACUUGGCCACGAAGUCCUGAGCUCGAGGCACGGAGCAAACAACGCAGCAGGUAUCAUGCUAUCUCGAUCUCGACGCCGAGCGUUAAGUACUGCUAAUGCACGACCAGGCAAAACGCACAGAAAGAGAUGCCAACUUUGGCAACGACCUAACCUUCUAAGUUUUAAAGUCACUUCUUUUCUAAUUCCCCCCUCGACAUGUUUGAGUUGC